UUAAGGUGAGUGUUGGUGAAUGAAAGGCUAAAUAUGAGAGUAAGGUCUAUGCCAGGUGUAUGUUACAUAUAGAAAAGAUGUACUUUUAAAAAAAUCGGUUGAACCUGUUAAGUAAAUGCAUGAUCCAGUGAUACGUUGUUUUGAUUCUCAUUCUUUUGCUGGUAUGCUAUUUGCCUUCUGUUUUGUUAGCAUACUUCACACAGUUAGUUGCUUUCUCAUACACAGUAAUUGCGGUUUUGAAAACCUUAGACACCACAUUUCCAUUAGGAUGAGCUUAAGUCCGUAGUAGCUGUAGUAGCAGUGUCGGUCUCAGGAACCAUUCUCGUAUGGGCUAAGGGCCAGGAGUGCUUGCCAGGUCAGUUUAAGAAAACCAAGGUGAAGAAAAAGUCCUCCUGAUAAAGUUUUUUAAAUAUUUUAUCUGAUUAGGCUGAAAUAAUUGGAAGCUGUAACUUAAGCAUCUUCAAAUUUCUGACAUUCAUGGAAAGCGGUUGUGAUCCUAUUUUUCCGGAUUUUUUUAGACCAGUCUCCUUUCCUAUCUUUGAAAUACAAGGGGAAAAUCUAGCUGCAUUCGUAGUCUGUAACACCAUACCCCGGUUUUAUGUUCACUUUUUACAUUCAAUUCGAGCCAUGAUUUCUACCAAUCCUUCCAAAUAGAAGUAAAGUUAUCCUGUUUUGUGGUCUUACUUUUUACUUCUUGAAAAUCUUAUAUUCCCCAACCUUUGAAGAAAAUUAGAAAGUUUAAAAGUUUUCCAACCAAAUGUAUCUGCUUGAGGAAACAUCCCAGUUUCAGGAUCUUCUAUUUAUGCCUUGGCCUCCUGGGAGAAUUAGAAUCUGGUGUACAAGAAGGCUUGUGUUUAUAUUUUCUGGCCCUUGUUACAUGGAAAAAGAAAAUUUUGGCAUGUGUUCCUUCUAGGAAUCUUUUUUCCAGGAAUAUAAGACAUCAAGUUGGAUGAGCACAGAAAACAUGAAGGUGAACCACAGAGUUGACGUGGCGGAUGUUCUCCUUCUGAACCUUCUGUUUGAUACUCCUAGUCCUUAGUGGGUAGUUCAAGCAGGGUGUGUGUGUGUGUAUUUUCUCCUUCAGUACUCGGCCAUCUUAAGGGUGAGGUGGUGUGAUCUCCAUUUUCCAAGUGAAAAACCUGAAGCAGAAAGGUGCCCAGGGUCACACAGCUCAGUGAGUGGCUGGGCCAGCAUCUCACGAGCAGUCUCCACCUAGAAGCAAGCUCUGCUUUUCAUCACUGUAUCUGUAAAAGGAGUUUACAACAUCAUGGUGGUACAGUUAAAGCCCCUUUAGAUUGAAAGAAGUAGUUCACAUCUAUUUUGAGUGCCUGCAGAGAGGACUGGCAGUACCAUGUUUUGGGGGAAUAUAGUGGUAAACUGGAAGACAAAGUUCCAGCUUUCUUGGAGCUUAUGUUCUAGUAAGGGAGACAAACCAGCAGAUGCUAGAGAAAGCGUGAUGAGAGACAAAUGUGGCAAAUUGCAUUUUUGUUAGAGUGCUCAGGCAAGGCGGAAACUUAAGUGAGGAGUCUUAAGUACACUGCUGCCGGUAACUGGGGGCAGAAGAGAUGAACAAGUGCAGAUAUGUCGGAGUUCUGUGUUAGCUUUGCAUUCAGUUCAGCAGGCUUUUGUUUUGUCGGUUGCCUUCAAACCUUUCCUGAAAGAAUUGACAGUGCAUAACAAUUGUUUAUUGCUUAUUUUUUGUCCACAGGGCCUUUUCAUUUAGUAAUCUAGACGUUGCCUUAAGGUACAUCUUCCUCCCCAUUUUAUAGAAGUGAAAAUUAAGAUCCAGAAUUGAGCACACAUAAAAGGACAUAGUGUAGUGAAUCUCCAUACUAUGCCCAUCACCCAGCUUCAGCAACCAGUCAACGCUUACCAAUCUUGCUUCAUCUACACUCUGCCCCUUUGGUUUUGUUUUCGGAAGUAUUUUAUCUUAUUUUAACUUUAUCUUAAAAUUUUAAAUCUUCGGAAGAGUUACAAGACCAGGGAUGCUUGGGUGGCUCAGUCAGUUAAGCGUCUUGACUCGAUUUUGGCUCAGGUUGAUCUCACGGUUUGUGAGAUUGAGCCCUGCUUUGGGCUCUGCACUGACAGGGCGGAACGUGCUUGGGAUUCUUUCUCUGCUCCCCACUGCCCCCCACCCCCCAAUGAAUAAACAUUUAAAAAAAAAAAGACCAGUUCAAUUAACACCUGCAGGCUUUUCACCUAGAUCACUGGUUGUUAGAAUUUGCCGUAUUUGCCGUUUUGUUUUGUUUUUGUUUUAAUCUGCACUGUUGGAGAGAUGCAGACAUCUUGACGUGGCCCUUUUUUUUUCUUAAGGAAUAAGGGCUUUACUUCCUAACUACAACAUAACCAUUGCACAAUUCUGACAUUGCUACUGUAUUAUAAAAUGUUCAGUACACGUUCAAAUUUAUUCCAUUAAUAUCUUUUAACUUUUUAAUCCAGUAUUUAAUCGAGAAUCAAUCAAGGAUUUAGUUGUUUAGUCUCCUUGAUCUAGAACAAUUCUCUGGUCCUUGUCGUUAAUGACAGUAGCACUUUGAAGAGUCCAGGCCCACUGGUCUUCAGAAUCCCUCAAUUUGGAUUUGUCUAGUUGGUUUUCUCAUGACUAGAGAUAGGUUAAACAUUGUUGGCAUAAUUAUUAAAGAGGGAUGUCAGUGUAUUGUAUCAAGAGGCAUGUCAGUUUGUCUCACUAUUGAUGUUAAGCAUUCAGUUGGUGUAGGUGAUAGCCAUUAGACUGCCCUAAUGUAAAUGUAUCUUCCUUUUGUAGUCUGUGACCUCUAGGGUGACAAACUUGAGACUGAGUAUUCUCUUCAGUCUUCCACUGGGGUUAGCAUCUGUUGAUGAUUCUGAAUCAUUUGUUGCUGGACUACGUUAAAGCAAAGUACAGAUAUAAGAUUUCACCUGGAACGUUAUAAAAGGAUACAUUCUUCAUCUUCGUUUCGCUGAGGAUGUUCUUGGACUUCCUUCAUGAUACGUCCUCAAUUUUCUCAUCUGUAGAUUGAGGAUAAUUAUCGUGCCUUCCUCUUGGGGUUUUUGUGAAGAUUGGAUGAGCUGGUACAUGUAGUGUAGAAAUGGUGCCUGGCACUAGUGUUGGGUUGGUACAGUAGGCUUCACUAACUUAGCUGCAACUCAGAAUUUCUCCUCCAGCACCUGAGUAAAUGCUGAUGGUCUUGUGGAGAGUGGAUUAAGAGUACGAGCUAAGUUCUCAAUCCCAAUUAAGAAGCGGAGGAAAAUUUAAACUGUCUCCUUCAAAGUUUAUCACAACCACCACCAUCAAGACAGCAAACCAAAGGACAAAGACUUUGACCUGCUGUGUUGCUCUGUGUAGUCCAGUUCACGUAUGGUUUACAGACUUGGCUGGGGUUACUAAUGAGUAAAUAAAAAGUUGGACACUUCCUGUCGUUGGACACUUAUUCACAAAGUUACCAAAAUGAGGGCUGUACUGGAGACAGCAGACAUUGCCAUAGUGGCCCUGUAUUUUAUCCUGGUCAUGUGCAUUGGUUUUUUUGCCAUGUGGAAAUCUAAUAGAAGCACCGUGAGUGGAUACUUCCUGGCGGGGCGCUCUAUGACCUGGGUAGCAAUUGGUGCCUCUCUGUUUGUGAGCAAUAUUGGGAGUGAGCACUUCAUUGGGCUGGCAGGAUCUGGAGCUGCAAGUGGAUUUGCAGUGGGCGCAUGGGAAUUCAAUGCCUUACUGCUUUUGCAACUUCUGGGAUGGGUUUUCAUCCCGAUUUACAUCCGGUCAGGGGUAUACACCAUGCCUGAAUACUUGUCCAAGCGAUUUGGUGGCCAUAGGAUUCAGGUCUAUUUCGCAGCCUUGUCUCUGAUUCUUUAUAUCUUCACCAAGCUCUCAGUGGAUCUGUAUUCGGGUGCCCUCUUUAUCCAGGAGUCUUUGGGUUGGAACCUCUAUGUGUCUGUCAUCCUGCUCAUUGGCAUGACUGCUUUGCUGACUGUCACCGGAGGCCUUGUUGCAGUGAUCUACACAGACACUCUACAGGCUCUGCUUAUGAUCGUUGGGGCACUCACACUUAUGAUUAUUAGCAUGAUGGAGAUUGGCGGGUUUGAGGAAGUUAAGAGAAGGUACAUGUUGGCCUCGCCCAAUGUUACUUCCAUCUUGUUGACAUACAACCUUUCCAACACAAAUUCUUGUAAUGUCCACCCUAAGAAAGAUGCGCUGAAAAUGUUACGGAAUCCGACAGAUGAAGAUGUUCCUUGGCCUGGAUUCGUUCUUGGGCAGACCCCAGCUUCAGUAUGGUACUGGUGUGCUGACCAAGUCAUCGUGCAGAGAGUCUUAGCAGCUAAAAACAUUGCUCAUGCCAAAGGCUCUACUCUUAUGGCUGGCUUUUUGAAGCUUCUGCCAAUGUUUAUCAUAGUUGUCCCAGGAAUGAUUUCCAGGAUACUGUUUGCUGAUGAUAUAGCUUGCAUCAACCCAGAGCACUGCAUGCAAGUAUGUGGAAGCAGAGCUGGGUGCUCUAAUAUUGCUUACCCACGCCUGGUGAUGAAGCUGGUUCCUGUGGGCCUCCGGGGCUUAAUGAUGGCAGUGAUGAUUGCGGCUUUGAUGAGCGACUUGGACUCUAUCUUUAACAGUGCCAGUACCAUAUUCACCCUCGAUGUGUAUAAACUCAUCCGCAGGAGCGCAAGCUCCCGAGAACUAAUGAUUGUGGGGAGGAUAUUUGUGGCUUUUAUGGUGGUGAUCAGCAUUGCAUGGGUGCCAAUCAUCGUGGAGAUGCAAGGAGGCCAGAUGUACCUUUACAUUCAGGAGGUAGCAGAUUACCUGACACCCCCAGUUGCGGCCCUAUUCCUUCUGGCAAUUUUCUGGAAGCGCUGCAAUGAACAAGGGGCUUUCUAUGGUGGAAUGGCUGGCUUUGUUCUUGGAGCAGUCCGUUUGACACUGGCCUUUGCGUACCGUGCCCCAGAAUGUGACCAACCUGAUAACAGGCCAGGCUUCAUCAAAGACAUCCAUUACAUGUAUGUGGCCACAGCAUUGUUUUGGGUCACAGGACUUAUUACUGUCAUUGUUAGCCUUCUCACACCACCUCCCACAAAGGAACAGAUUCGUACCACCACCUUUUGGUCUAAGAAGAGCUUGGUGGUGAAGGAGAGCUGCUCCCCGAAAGAUGAACCAUACAAAAUGCAAGAGAAGAGCAUUCUGAGAUGCAAUGAGAAUAGUGAGGCCAUCAACCACAUCAUUCCCAAUGGGAAAUCUGAAGAUAGCAUCAAGGGCCUUCAGCCUGAAGAUGUUAAUCUUUUGGUGACCUGCAGAGAAGAAGGCAAUCCAGUGGCUUCAUUAGGUCAUUCAGAGGCAGAAACACCAGUAGAUGCUUAUUCCAAUGGGCAAGCAGCUCUCAUGGGUGAGAAAGAGAGAAAGAAAGAAACAGAGGAUGGAGGCCGGUACUGGAAGUUCAUAGAUUGGUUCUGUGGCUUUAAAAGUAAGAGCCUCAGCAAGAGGAGUCUCAGAGACCUGAUGGAGGAGGAGGCUGUUUGUUUACAAAUGUUGGAAGAGCCUCCACAAGUUAAAGUAAUACUAAAUAUUGGACUUUUUGCUGUGUGUUCACUUGGAAUUUUCAUGUUUGUUUAUUUUUCCUUAUGAACUUUUAAGGAUAUGAUGAGACACUAACUUAAGAAAAUACUGGUCUUUGGAAAGAAAAAAAAAAAAGAAAACAUGUAACUGUUGCAUCUCUCAGGCAUUGUUUACGCUGUAGGUUUUAGCCAAAUUUUACUUAGCAGAAAAUCAUCUAUUUGCAAGACUUUAUUUUCCCAGAGAUGGAUGAAAGCAAAUUUUCAACCUAAAUGAAGUAAAACUUGUUUAACAGACUGAAUUGUGCAAAUGUGGUUUAAAAUUUUCCAUACCAAAGUAAGGAGAGACCAAUUAUUCUCAUAGAACAUGUAGAGCAGAAUAUAUGCUAUUACAAAUAAGGUAUACUGUCUGCACUGCCAAAUCUUGGUAGGCCUUCUUAACCUGAAGUAGAAGACUUGCUCAUUUCAAAGUUUUUUCUGUCUUUGUAAUCCCUACUACCAUUUAAAACUGAAUUUGUAGACAUUGUAUAAUCAGUUGUGUACUGAAAACCUAACUCAUGUUCUUGUGGGGUACUUGUGUCAGGACAAGUUAGUUCAUUUGCCAGGCUCAUUUUGCUAGCAUGAGCCUAUGGAUUCUGAAUGCCAAAAGAAAGGAAGAAGAAUGUUUUCCUGUAGCUGUUCUUGUACCACCAAUAUAUGGAAUGUUGAGCAAAAGUUGUUCCAGUUCCUUUUUUUUUCUUUUUUUCCUGCUUUGACUGAAGUUUAAGUGAACCAUACUCAAAUGACCAUCAAGUCUAUCUUGAUACAUUUAUGUCAUGACUGUAUUGUCAGAUGAUUAGGGGAGAAAAUGAAGUAAACAUUGCUGAUGAUCCCCAGAUUUAUUGACCAAGUUCAGGUUGUUUAUACAGUUUGGGAAUUAGCAGUCCUCAAGCAGUGUUUGGUCAGCUUAUGCUAAACAGGUGACUACUCGCACUCCACUAAUUCUCUAGCUUUGUUCUUUGUUCUUGUCAUUUGGUAACAUUUUUUAUUAGCCACAUAUCUUUCCAAGUGGAUUCAGUCAGAAGAUAUGUCCAGAAAUUUGAAAAAAAAAAAAAAAUGUCACUGCCUUUGUGCUGGGUUGCCCCAUGAUAUAUUGAAGUUGAGCUUUUGGAGGGAAAAUUUAAUUCUGAGAUCAUACUGUGUCCUUGAAAAGUUCCCCCUGCCCCCCGAUUUACUUUUUUUCGAAAGACUUGCCAUCUGUACACAGCCUCGACAUUUUUGUUUAAAAAGUUAUAUUGACCUAGAGCAUGAGGAGGUUUCAAUGCAAACUGGGCAUCAGUAACAGAAAAGUCAGAGUGCAUGCUUUGCCAUUGGUAGAUUGUCAGUAUUGUCUUUCUGUGGAACAGCAUGUUAAAGAGGUGUCAAGAAUAAGAACUUCUGGGCUUAAUAGUAUGUCUUGUGGAGGAUAUUGUAGGACUUGUGUAAAUUAUAGGACCCUCGAUCUUCACAUGGCAUGGCACUCCGUUGUAACCUUCAUGGAUGGGAAUCUUUUUCACAGUCUGAUUCCCCUUCGUGAGGGCAGGGUACAAAAGAUGUUGGAGGAAAGCUCUAUAGAUCAUGUAGUUAUGUAUCUGUGUGCUCAACAUGGUCCUUUUUCCUUUGUGACAUAUGAAGGAAACUAAUUGUGUAUCUACUUUCUUUGACUUUCCUGUAAUCUCUGAUACUUUUUAAAUUGCAUGAUUUUAUUAAGCUUGUAUUCUUUAGGGAAAAGUAUUACUUUUUUAGAUACUUUUGUAGAUUUUGAAUCAAAACUCAGUCCUAAUAACUUUCAAUUUUUUGUAUUCUGUAAACUAGUUUCAUUAUGAUGGACUUGAUUAGUCCAAAGUUGAUUUUAGAAAUUAUCAGGUAGCAUAAUGUCUUCCCAUCUCCAGGAGGCUUUCUGAUGGACUGAGUCUGUAGAUGAAAAAGUAAUUUAUGUAUGAAUAGCAUGAUUUCUGAGAGCUUAGAGUGCCUUGUAGAAUUUUUUUUCCCAAUUUCAUUCUUAAGAUUUAGAAGUUGGGGGCCAAAUAAAUAGGGACCAUUCUUUUCUUGUAUGGAGGAGGCUGUGGCUGUGACAUAUCUAAGGUUACAAAAAGUCUGUUGGGGAGAACAGAGAACCAUGUAUCCAAAGCUGGACUCAUGGUUAGUCCUUUUCUCAAAGGAACUAUUUUCCUUUGAGACAACCUUUUUGGUAUUUGGGAAAAUAAUAGGACCUUAGAUUUUUCAAAUUGGCUUUUAAGUCAUAGGGAUUAAAAUUUUCUUUGAACACAUUGCUGUGUAACUCUCCACAAAGAGGAUUGACACAUUGGCUGGGCAGCCUUCUUAACCCUUCUUUUUACGGCAUAAAUUAAUAGGUGGUGUUUAUGUAGGUUUUUUCCUCUUUGUUUAAUGUUGAGUCCUAAUAGUUUGGAGUAUUAGGAUCCCCCUAUUUUCUCUUUGCUGCUGUCUUAGUACGAUACGUGAAAUACAUCAUCUUGUGUCUAUUUGUGUGUAUAUAGCAGUAGGUCAAGUUUAGAGUACUAAUGUCUGUAAAUAAGGAAUGACUAUUAGCAUAUCCAUUAGGAUGUUUAUUCUUGUCAGUAUAAACAUCACUGUGUUGAGACUGAAGUCCCUGAAGCUUGCCCUUCGUAUUGCUUUCCAGUAAUAGAUAAUGUGCUUGAAUAAGUAUGUGGAUUGCCGAUUGCAACUUCAUUCAGGGGACCAUUGUUCAGUCUAGAUUUCAUUAGAAUGAUUGCUCAUGGAAUGAUACAUGGUCUGUUUUAAGCUAGCAAAAUGUUCAUACUUUACACUAAAUGGGUCCUAAAUGAUGACAUUUGCUCUGUAGACAUAUGUAUAUAUUUUUAUAUUGGCUCAAGCUAAGGUUCAGAAUUGAGUAAGAGUGAUAUUGACUAGAAUAGUUACCUAAGAGUCCAAAUGAAAAGUGAGAACACUGGUCUGCAAAAAGUAGAGACAAAUAUUGUCUUAUCUGUUCUUAAUGGUAUCCCCAGUUCUUAGAUUUUUGUCUUUCCACACAAUCUCAGUCUUAAGAUCUGAUGAGAAGAGCUUAUUAUUCAGGCAUGCAGAAUAAUUAUUGGCUCCAAAAAUAACUAUAUCCUUUUGCCCCGAGAUAGUAUGUGGCUUUAGAAAUAGCUGAGCUGAGCUUUUUCUGCAGCCAUUCUUUUCCUGGUGAGGUUAUCACUCAUAUCUUUAGGUUAGAGAAGCAUCAAGCAAUAGUGGUGGUACUGUGUCCUUUAGCCUAAAUUCAGCAGAUCUGCUCUCCCAAGGCUUCCGUUUCCCUUGGCUCAAAGGAUCCAUUGUCUUUUUGUACAAAGAGGCUGGCCAGGGUCAUAGUUCUUAGCAUGUCAAGUAAUUAGCAGAGACCUAUCCUAUGUGAAACUUCACAUUUUAAGAAUUGAUUGGGAGGUUGUCACUCAGUUCUCUAACCUGAGGCUAAUUGGGAGUGGGGGACUGAAUUCUUGUCCAGGACGCUUGGAGUCUAUAAGUGUCUCCAUUUCUCAGUCCGCUGUUUUCUUCCCUGUACUUACAGGGUGAGUGGAUCUUCUCCUCUGUCUUCGAAUAUCAUUUAGUGUAGCCUGUGGGCUAUUCUCAUUCUUUACCGUCCUGAAGACUGGCCAUAUUAUUAGACCCGUCAGUGUUCCCACUUGGCAGUAUUUGGCUUACUUACUUUGCUUAUACUUUUUACUCUGCUGUGUCAUUUUCAUCUGAGGUAUGAUGGGUGGAAAGGACCAUGUGGGUAUGGAGUAGUUACACCUUACCAUGCCCCAGGUUUAGAUUGAGAGAUGUAUGUAGACCGUUCCUGUUACAUUAUGUGACCACGGAGACAUGCCAGGACAAUUGUUCUAAGAAGCCAGAAAAACUAUAAAUGAGAUGCUGAGAAGAAAUACCUGGCUGAUAAAAACACAAACUUAACAAAUUAGGUAACAGACAAACAUUAGGUUAAAAUGUGCAGACGUAGAAUUCUAUUCAGUGAAUUCCAGAACUUGAAGCAUCUUGGCUAUCAGCUUAUUUAAGCCUUUCCUCAUAUAGAUUCGUAUAUCAACGAAUAAGAUCCAGCCUGUUAAAAACCCUGGUUUGAUGUUAAAUAUUGUGAAGUAGGAGUUUUUAAGCCUAUUUGAGGUUAAAUGACUGAUAUUUGAUAGUGACGCUUUAGCAGAAAAAAAUGCUUUUAGGCUUGUAUUCAUAAGAUUUCUCAUUAGCAAAAUGUUACAUUGCAUAAGUCAUUCUGAUGUUAGCUUGAACAGACUUUACAAAUAGGGUAUACUCCUAUUUGUGUGUAUACUCACCUACCAUUCAGAGAGACUGGUCUUUCCCUUUGUCUUCCCUCACAUGCUUUAAUUUUUCACCUAUUCUUUCUUUUAACAUUUCUCAGAUUCCUGUUUUGAUUUUUUUAUCAGCUUAAUUCACUUUCAGGUUUAUUGCUGUGAUGUGCAAAAGUGCUGCUUUGCCCCAGUUUUGAAUACUUGGAUUCCAAAUAAAUGAUUCAUUAAGUAUAGUCGUGUUUAAAUAUACGAAAUUUCUAGAAGCUUAAACUGUUAAUUCUCCAGAAUGAUCUUCUCAGGCUAAUGUUCACUAGUGUUCACUAAUAAAUGCCCUAAUAAUCCAUCAGUAUUUUAUUCUGAAAACUCUUUUCUUCAAAAAUUAGGGAGACAACAAUAGUUAAACUUCAUACCGAUCCCUUUGAAAUGGUGGUAUCACAAUGCAGAGAGGAAUGGAGUUUGUUUUGAUGCCAAAAAGCCUUGUUCUUUCAGUACUUUAAAGGUGAAAAGUUGGAACUAGUCAGUUGGCAUAUAGAGAAACCCUUCUGUACUAGUAAGGUGUGAAGCUGGAUUAUAUAAGAAGUAAUCUUUUGAUUACUACAUUCGGUUAGCUUAUUAACUCAGGGCGGCAAACCCCUUUUCCUCCAUUAAGGUCACUUCUCUUCAUUUGGUAUCCUUUUUAUCAGACUCUCCCCUCUGUUGGAAGACUUGGUAUUCAGCUACUCUGACUCCUAGAAUUGGAUUUAGCUAAGGUUCAAACUAUAUAAUAGGCUUUGCCAGUGCUGAGUCCCACACCAUCAUUCACAUAGUCAUAUAAAUGUUUUUAUUUAAACUUCUUUCUCCAAUGCCGGGAAUAAGGCUUUCAACUACUAAUUCACCUUUAAAGGAGUGUUAUGAGAAUGGAUAUAAUUUAUGUUUCUGUUUCCAUCUCAAAUCCUGUAGAAAAGAUAGGACUUUGGCUUAAGCACUCUUGUUUCUCUGGUAACUAACAGCCUUAACCAUUGAUAUAUUGCCUUUUAUUCAGAAAUAGAUGAGAAAGAUUUGAUGUAUUUGUAUCGUUACUCAUUUCAUGUACUUUACUUUUAAGGGGAGGACCAUAAUUGGAAGCUGUUGGUUUAAACCAAAUAACCUUACUUUAUGUAAUAAUUUUUCAGUGUGGUUUGGUUACCUGGAUUCAUACUAUGUGUGAAGAGAGGGAUGCUAGAACAAAUAAGCAAAUGAAGAGCAAGUCAAGACAAAAAGCACAGCGGUCUCAGAUUUUUCUUAGUGUAGGAGCAAUGGCUUUACUCGCAGAAAAGCACUAGAUCAUAAUUGUUGCCCAUGACAAUUGUUGCCCAUGUUGCCAAUCCUUUCCUACCCCUACCCCCAGUUAAAAAUAGUUUACAGUCCGUGAACUCUAUCGAUAGGGGAAAUACAUAUUUCAGUGAUUUCCGUAACAGCACAAGUUGACAGUAGAUAACCACAACCUUAUUGGACACUUCUUGGUAAAUUCACCUUGUAGCCCAGUGCUGCUGGAGGAAGGAGUGUUUACUUUAUCGCCUUUGGACAAACUAGUCUGGAUAAUUUUUCAGUAUUUAAUUGUAGCCUAGACUUCUGUAAGUGGAAUUUUCCUUAAUAACUCGCUUUUUGGUAAUAAUAGUUGGAAACUGAAAUUAAGCUUAUUGCUAUUAUUGAAAUCCCAAAUUGGCAAAGGCCAGUAUAUAGGGUAUUUCAUAAUAUAAUCAGCUUCUGAGAUUUCUGUUUUGAUUAGUGCCUUCUGGUUGCCAACAUUGACUCUGCUAGUUUACACAUUUCCCUUUCUUGAUAGAAUAUAUUUAUUUGUUACAAUUCCUCUUUUUAAAUUUUGUUAUAACUAGUCAAGGAAAUACAAAAAAUGCAUUUAUAUUUACAUACUUUAUAUGCAGCGUUUGUUUAGGUUCAAGGAAACCAAGUAGCUCUAAUUCCUGUUGCAGUUUAAAUGUUAUUUAUUCAUCUAUAUUUGUUUUGUAUCCUUCAUUAAAACUAUAAAGUUACUUAUUCUGUGAGUAUAUUUUAACUAUUGUGUUUCCAGUGUAGGUUUAAUAGGCAUAUCUGAGAACAUACAUGUGGCAACAGUUUCACAUUCCAUGUUAGAUAAAGAGCUUAAAGUAGAGGUCCGUAGAAAGCACAAAUCCUGUUCACGCAGGUGUGUAUCUCCACACGUAGAAAGCACAAGACUCACAGUGUUUCUCGGUGUCCCGCAAGUGCCAGUCAUAAAGCCCACCAGGCGUCUGUCUUGGGAGUUAUGGAGGACCACUGUUUUGAAAGCCCUAGACAAUGAGGUCAUCUAAAUUGUGGUCCUAAAUGAGAAGGGAUUCAAAUGUAAUAAUCUGAGUAAGUUUGUACUGCUGUGGUAGAGGGAGAGAAGACCAAUGUCAAGAAUGUUGCAAUUAUUCUUGGGGUUACAAGUGAAAAUGGGGUUUAUGGGUUCUUUCCUAUAAUCUGGAACUAACUGGGACAGACUUUUAAGCUUUUGGUGGGUGGGACAGUUUGAUAAACUUCUGCUUUAAGUUGUAGACCCAUUUGAGUUGGUUUUUUAUCUUAAGUCUUGAGGAAGUUUUACCUGCCAUCAGUAGGUUCCUGAAAACAUGGAGAAAUUUCACAUUUUGACAGGGCAAAUACUUGUCUUUCAUCUUUGUGUAGGUUUGUAAGAGGUAAACUUAUCUUUAUUUUUUCGUGUGCUUUACUGCACUUCAUUUUAAUAGAGCGGAAUUUGGUCCAAGUAUUCUGAGCAUCAAACUAAGUCUGAGACAACUCUGCCAAACGAGCUACUUUGCUUUUCACAGUGGUUGUAAGAGUCUAAAGGAUUCUUUUACCUGUACCAUUCCCCCCCGCUUCAUGACCAGAUGAGGUGAAAUCUAUGGGUGCAGCAGAAGAAAAUGUGUUUUUCUUGCACUCGGUUUUGCCCUUGUUUUCUUUACCUGCAUAGUCCCAGUCUAUCAAGAAUGCAUAAAUAAUCCCUGUCUUGAAUUUUGCCCAUAUGUCAAAAGCUGUAACUCUCAGAAUGGGAGACAAGUGACUACCUUUGUUCCCACUCUCCUCUAUUUUGUGUAUUUAUCUUCUUAGGGAAAGACUUGGUCAACUCGGAUAAUACAUGGAAUGAAGAUUAAAGCUGGUGUAGACUGGUAUCACAUGUUUUAGAGGGGUUAACCAGAGCGCCUGAAGGGAGAGAUUCAUUCCCCCUCCAGCAAAAAGCAGUCAGGUGUGUUCCCUCAGUAUUAGAAUGUAAAACCUCAGGCUUGGGGUGAGGGUGUGUGUGGUGAGGGCAGAGGGGUGCCAGAAAUACAGGAAAAAAAGAGGCUUGAGGAGUAUCUUUGGUUUAGCGAUGUGUGAUAAGGCAAAACAGUUAUAAUCUGUUAAUCCUAUAUAGUAUGCGUCUGUACCUUUAAAUGUUUUUAAAUUUAAAAUCAUUUGCAAGAACUUCAUGCUUUUGAAGAUUCCUUUGGCAGAAUUUCUUUCAUUUAAAAUUCCAUGGAAAGUUGCUUUAAUUAUUCGUCUAGGUGAAAGUAGUCCUAGCAGUGUAAAUAUGUAUAAUUAGAAUUUUCUAAUUUCACUUUGAGAUCUCUAACUUUUGAGUGGCAAAAACAGAUCAACAAGUCUUUUGCUCAUGGACUUUUCUGUGGCGUUGUUAAAAUGCAAAAGCUUUAUUUUUGUUAAUAAUGACAUGUUACGUUAGUGUCAGAUGAUGAUACGGCAUCUGUUCCCUGCCUUUCCCCACCGGUACUGCUUUGGUUUAUAGAUUGCCAGCAGAGUUGAGAAAUGGAGCAGGGAUCUACCCAUUCUUUGCUUGGACAUCCCAUUUUCUGUUGCCCAGACCUGUGUUGGCAAUCAUGUAUGAACUAUGUUAUGCUUCUCAGUACUUAUUAUUUUUUUUGAUAAGGUGGAUAUCAAAAAUAGUUGCUGUGCAAAAGUUAGUAGUCUUCUUCAAGAAGAAAACCGAUUCCUUUUCUAAUAUCCUGUGAAAUUGCUUCAUUCAUUUCUUUAUUUUUAAGCCAAAUGUCAGCAGAGUACUGCUGCUUUUAUCUAGUACUUUUGAUAUGUAAGUAUUGCAUUUUAAAAAGAUGUCUACAUUGAAAGCUGUUUUUCCCAGUGUCCUCCCUAUUAUACUCUGUUCAUAUUUUCUGUAAGAGACCAGUCUGUGCACUGGGGGUGUGUAUUGUGUAAAUGUACCAUUUCGUCAGUUAUGCAUUGUAGACCAAAUGUGAUUAUAAAUGAAGCUGUUGAGUCCUUGGUGAGUUUUUUGAAUUGUAAACUGAUUUCCAGUGACCGUUUGUUGUCCACAGGUUUUUUUGUUUGUUUUGUUUUGUUUUGUCUUCAGGUUUGACCGGGGUCCAUCUUCACAUUGUACAAUGUUUUAGUUGCAAGCAGAAAGUAGAAUUUGGUAUAAACCAGGUUAUUUCUGUAUUGAAAGGAAUACCAUUGAAAUUGUAGAUUUAGGAUUGUUAACCAUACAUGACAAGUCUAACUUGACUAUUAUUCUAACCUACUGUAUACAAUCUGAUUUUUAAAAUUGUAGACAUGUAUGAUCUUGGUUUAAUGUGUUUUUAAAAGUGUUAUUGUUGAAAAAAUGGAAAAACAAUGAAGCAAAUCUGCUAAAGAGCUGUCAGUUUUCAUUACUGACUCUGUAAAAUACACUGUUCUUUGUGUACUGUGUGUUAUUUUGCCAGCUGCUGCAUUAGCCUUCAAAAGUAUUUGGAAACUUCAGAUGAACUACAUUUCUUGAAAAGUAUAUUCCUUUCUGUGGUAUCUUGUCCUGUAACUGAAGUAUAGUAAUUAUUUUAUGGAAAUGUUAUUAGCACUUCUGUACCAACUUUGAAUAAAAUGAAAAAUUUACA